CAAACGUUGACUGGCAUAAACUGAAGUGGGUUGCCUAACUGGUAGAGUUUUCAUUUGCUGGUGUUAGCGUCGAGAGUAAACACUCGCUCAACUCACCGGGUACAGAGGAGCGCUGACACCCACGGAGAGCUUCAGUGAUCUACGCUGCUCGGCCUGAGACCGGGAAGCCUCAUUCCUUUGCAAGCUCUUUUUCCUGGGUUGACUCAGAAGUGCUGGAAGCAACAUGGGUGAUAGGUUGAUCAAUGAGGGUCUGAAGACAAUUUUCUUGUUACUAUGGCUAGGUGCCAAUGUGGGGUACUGGAUGCGGGUGUUUUGGACCUACGAGUUUGGACCUCAGUAUUUCUACAUCAGACACAUCACUGGGCUGGGCGUGUCUAUAGCCAAGGCAUGUGGGGCGUGCCUGAAUCUGAACAGCAUGCUGAUCCUCCUACCAGUGUGCCGCAAUCUCAUCUCCUUCUUCAGAGGAUCAUGUGAGACGAACACGCUCUGCCGACGCAGCGUCCGUCGCCAACUGGACAAGAACAUAACCUUUCACAAGACACUUGCUUACAUGAUUCUCCUGCUGAACAUAGUGCACGUCAUCGCUCACUUCUUCAACUUCCGGAACCUCUACAAUCACUUCCGGUUUGGUCGAUGCGGUGAUGGCCCUGUGACCCUAUCAUGCACCCUGAGGGACCUGCCGGACAAGGAAGGAGGGACGUGGCUCAACCCUAUACAGUUUGACAACAGGGGACUUCCUUUCGGGUUCGGUCUCAUUCUUCAAGGAGUCAUCCCUAUCGCUGGAUGGUCUGGGGUCGUCCUUACAUUGGUCUUCAUCAUAAUGUUUUCAUCAGCAACAGAAUUUAUCCGGCGUUCAUACUUCGAGACUUUCUGGAUCACCCACCAUUUGUUCAUCGUGUAUUACGGUAUGAUACUUGUUCACGGAACUGGGGGCAUAAUUCGUUCUCAGUCAAACUUAGCGGACCACAACAUCACCCUCUGCAAGAACAUUCCAGAUACGUGGGCCCCAGAAGCACAGCCGUGUCCAUACCCGGUAUUCGUAGACGGCAGCGCUGCGAGUUGGAUGUGGGUUAUUGGUCCGAUAGCCCUGUACAUUCUCGAGAGAACUAUUCGAUUUGCUCGCAGCUGCCAGAAAGUUCAACUCGUCAAAGUCGUCAAACAUCCUUCAAAGGUGAUUGAGCUGCAGAUGAAGAAGUACGGCUUCAAGAUGUUGUCUGGGCAGUACAUCUUCCUCAAGUGCCCACCAAUCUCACACAUCCAGUGGCAUCCAUUUACCCUCACGUCCGCGCCAGAGGAUGACUUUUUCAGCGUUCAUAUCCGCACUGUGGGAGACUGGACUACAGACCUUUGGAAGGCAAUGGGAGCUGACGCUAAGACCAACACUGAGUCUGCUGACGAUCUUGCAAGGGUUGCAGUUGAUGGACCAUUUGGUACUGCAAGUCUAGAUGUGUUUAAAUACCAGACUGCAGUGUGUGUUGGUGCGGGCAUUGGAGUCACUCCAUUUGCAUCUAUUCUGCGAUCCAUCUGGCACCAGAGCAUGUCUCCAGACUACGAACUCAAACUCAAGAAGGUCUACUUUUUCUGGAUCUGCCCUGACACCAAUGCCUUCGAGUGGUUCUCGGAACUACUGGAUUCCUUGGAGAAUCAUAUGAUUGAGCAGGGCAAAGCGGACUUCUUGAAUUAUAACAUCUACUUGACCAGAGGAUGGAACAACAAACAGGCUAAGAAUAUCUACCUUCAAGAAGAGGAAGAAGUUGAUGCCAUUACUGGUCUUAGACAGAAGACUAACUAUGGCCGUCCAAAAUGGGAUGACAUCUUCAAGGUCAUUGCUGAAGAAAACCCUGGUAAAAGUGUUGGUGUCUUCUUCUGCGGACCCAAGGUUCUAUCCCAGGUGCUACACAAGUGUUCUAACAAACACUCCAGCAUUAGUGGAGGGGCAAAGUUCUUCUAUAACAAAGAGAACUUCUAAAGAUUGUCUUUAAAAUCCUUGACUCCUUUAAGGACUUAUAAGAUGCUUUUAGAGCAGAGACGAUGGAGACUUAAACCUUAUAACGUUACGCAGUUUGGGUCCCUUGCACGUGAUUUUCACAAGAAAAAUCCAUGUUAUCAACUGCACUGUGCAUUAAUGCUUAGAUGGGGCCAUUACUUACAAUCUGAAUACUCGGUUUUAUCCUUUAAAUAAAUGAUUAUUUUUUCAAUUUGCCAUUGAACAAAAAUGGCAGUGGCUGGAGCACAUUGUCUAAUAAAAACUACUAUAAGCUUGUGAGCAUCACAUCUCAACGUGCGAUAAAUGUUGAAGGCUAAAGAAAAGUUUCUUUUGGGUGAGUGUUUGCUCUUAAAAAAGCCGGUUUGGUCUCGACGUUUCGAACAGUAUACUCUGCUCGUCGUC